CAAAUACCACGCCUCAUAUUUUUGACUGUCCAUUGUUUGCUCAUUGGAAUUGUUUACUAUGCACCUGCAAGUACAGGAAAGCUUAUCAUCUUUAAUAUGAUGAACCACACACAAUAAGUUAUUGUCCCAUUCACAAAAGAAUAGAGAUGUAUUCCUUAAUCCUUUUCUUUCUCUCAUCUACUUCUCCUCCCAUCUCCCAGUUGUUAAAAAUGAAAACAAUGUAGAGUAUUCCAAGGUCAGGCCUGGACUAUGUGUAGAUAAAGCGCAGGUUUCCCAGGCUAUUAGAAACAACAGCGACUUCCUUUGCUUCACAUCACUCCUACUGGACGUAGUGGCUGAAGCAUCUUCUAUCUCAUCCUGGGACCAAGACAAAAAAAUCGUCUCCCUACUAAACCACAUUUUCUUUGAUAAGUUGAAACCAACCCUGCCUGGCAGACAUGUCCCUGCUGCUUGUUGUGUCUCUUGUGUUGGUUGCUUGUCAGCUUGGAAGGGCGUCCGUCCUUCGUCAUUCAGUAGAAGAAACCCAAGAUGCACACCCUUCUCCCAUCAUCAGGACCAACAGAUGCCUGGGAGAACCACUGCAGAGCAUCCGUAAGGUCAUACUGGACUCUAUGAAUCUGCAAACUGAGCCCCGCGUGUCCAUUCACCAAAUGGAUCUCAUUCGAGAGCAGUGGACACAUGCAUUAAAUAACACCAACAAUUUUGAGGCUACACGCCUCAACAUGGCAGAAAACUCCACAUCCUCUAGCACAGGACCUUCAACUGUAUCACAGUGCUGCAAGUUUGCUUCUCAGAUUUUCACUAAGGAUCUAGGCUGGGACAAGUGGAUCGUCUACCCACAGAGCUUCACCUACAUCCAGUGCCGUGUGUGUGACCAACAAGGCAAAGUUCACUGCAUGGAAGAUGACCCCUUGGCUUUGGAUCCGGCUUUUCCUACCCCACAGAAGCUGUGCUGCGAGGCAACUCAGCAGGACAACGUGCCGUUUCUGUACCUGGAUGAAACAAACAGCCUUGUCAUUGCCUCCGUCUUCCUCACCCGUGAAUGUGGCUGCAGCCAUGGUGACAACCCACAAGCCCCUAAUCCGUGAUAGGUCCCAUCCUUGGUUUCAGAUACCUCCCCCUACCUCUUUGGUUCAUGCAAGUCUUUCACUGACUCUAAAACCCAUCAUGUCAUCAUUAUGUUAAAUGUGGACCCACUGCAUGAUGGUGCUCCCAGAGUUAGCUAAGCUUUGUAGCUCACUGCAACUUGAUUAACAGAAAAAUUCUAGGGUAGAUUACUGGUGAUCCGUGGUCGUGGUGCUUCGUCAUGCGUGCCUGCACGGCAGUAUUUUUAGGCGAGACUGAACAGAAAUAAUAAAUCACUUUAAUUAGGUUCACAUUACUGUUUUACAGCUUCAUAGUUGGAGUCUGGUGAGGUAUUAAAUAACAGCUACUGAGUGUUCCUCACAAAUAUGUGAGCACUGCUGCUUAGCUUAGCCAUGCCAGACUUUUCCCAGACUGAGCCUCUCACAUUUCCAGAUAAACAGCAUUAGAAUGUUAACACAGCAAAACUGACUUUCAUCUGAACUGCAUUUUUCUUCUAUUUCUGUACUAGAGGCAUAUUAUUGUAUUUAUAUCUUUUCAGUACUUAUACACUGGCACAAAAGCUGGUGUUUUUUAAAUUGCUCUUUUACUGUUCUAGAAAGAACCUUCAUGCCCAAAGUGUAACAAAUUAGAAUGAAUGUAUCAGGUUCUCUGAACCACAGUUGGGACAAUUUGGAUACUUCUUAUGUGGGUAUAAAUCUUGUAAUUUGGCAUAAGUGUCUAGAACCUGGAUGCUAACUUUCCCAUUAACAUUUUCACCUUUUUCACCUUCUUUUUGCUUAUUGUGUUUGUUUUGUCACAUUUACGGUGUAUUGUUCUCACAUUGUGUAUUUACUGAGUGGUUUUACUUUUUAACAUUUUUACACAAUAUAUCAUUUGGUAUUUAAUGCAUGCAUUAAUGUAAUACAGGUUACUAUUAUACUAACAUAUUUUAAUCAGAUGUUUUUGUUAUUAUAUACGCUGCCAGUCAUACAUUUAAAACACCUGGGUUUUUUAAUGUUGUGUUACAUAUUGAUCAGAAAAAAUAUUAUUAAAUAAAGAAAAUACAUUUAAAUCCACAAAAACCUUUAUCCUUGUACUUAACCAUGUUUGACCUGGUAUCUGGGAUUCCAACUGUUUUAUAACAAAAAGAGCCUUAGAUAAAAGUGUUCUUUAACAGUUAAUGUGUAUUUCUAGCUUACUUAGAUUUUCUGGCAGUGUAUACAGAUGCAUACUUUUAUAUAAAUUGAGUGUACUGGUGUAGUUUUUCAUUAUCUUCAUUAAAUAAACAAUUUUUAAACACUA